AUAACAUCAUUUUAUUCUUUUCUACCACACCUUUGUUGAAAAUGUCCCACGAGUCCUCAUCUACCGAACCUGUCAGCUUUGUGGAUGCCUCUGUGCAUCCUAAGGAAAUCAUGCCGACUGCAGCGUACACAGUCCAGUACAUCAUGAAUGUGGAACUUCAAAGUAAAGAUGGAACCGACAUUCCUCUUUACAAUAAGCAUCUUGAUGUGGAAGAAAGUUCCAUUUUUCACCUAUAUCUUGGACAACGGUACGGCGACAAGUCCGAACGUUUUAAUGAAGAAAAAGAGGACUAUUGGCUGUUUCACAUUCAUUCAAACCAUGCUGAGUUCGAAAUCGCGAUUGGAGGAGAGGCGCCAGUUCUAGUGAGCGCAAAUCCCAGCUAUAAAAAGAUUACCGACAAAGACAGCAAGACCGUUGAAUUAGAUAUGCCUGUCAAGGGACAUCCGGUUUAUGAUACGGUAAUUCAUCGAUUCAAAUUGUCGUAUAACUUUCCAGCUGAGACAGACGGGUAUUUUGAUCGAUUUGUGGCUGUCCGAUGUCCUAAAAUGGACAACCCAGCGAUUACAGUGAAAGGCGCAGGACAUUAUGCUUGCCUUCACUGGGUUGGCCGGUUUAUUGAAACGACUGCUAGUGACACCAACAAGUUUAUUGCGGUGAGAACUACCAACCGAUUGCUUGAGGAUUAUGGCGAACGCAACAGGAACAAAGGUUAUAGUUGGUUUCGUGAGGAUGGUCCUGCCGACGUGACUGACCGCACUGUCACCCUCUUCCCCAAACAGCUGUACGGCACCCACGGCAGUGACAGAAAUCUAUACACUCAGUUUGUCACCACCGACCCGAAUAAUAAAAUGGGCCAAGAGCACCUUGACUUGGUCCGCAGUAAAGUUGCAAAAGGCUCUGCAUUACUGGCAUACAAAUACGUGUGGCAUGCAACUGGCAAAACCAUAGUGAGGACCACUUGUGAAAAUGGCCUUCCGUAUCUUGGUCAUCAAUGGGAUUAUGUCUCAGGGGUUUCCUUGAACCAGAAUCCAUCAAAUGGCUGGGCUAUACUGCUCACUGUCUUCACGAGUAUAACCAAAGUUGCAACUGGUUUGCUCACUAGCAACCUCGGUGGGAUAGUUGAGGGUGUUAUCAAACUUGGGGAUAUAUUUGACGGGGACAAAAUGAGGAAAGAGGCCAAUAUAACAGGCUUUGUCUCAGCAGCUGCCAAGGCAGUGGACGAGUACAACAAGAAGAACCCAGAUAAGAAAAAAGGACCUAACACGACCAAUGUCAUUGAUAUCCAGCAAAAUAUCACGAAAAACAAGGUUCUGGCUGCCCACUUUGGCACAGCCUAGCAAGAUGACCCACCUGAUCGCCUACCUUCUUGGCUAUUAUCAACAUACAGCAUCCGGGAGGAUCCUGCAUCAUCAGGUCUGCCAGAGGGCUAUACUGUAGCUAUAGCAUGAUACAAACAUAGGAAUUACCUGGGGCUUGAGGAUAGGGUUGACAGAAUUCUUGUCUGGGUCUAAAUAGCUCUGAGACCUCAAAAUCUCAAUGUUUUCUUGUUAAAUGGAUUCAUUUAUCUUUCGCCUCGAAAAUAUCUCAGGCUUAUCUUUUGAUCAUGGCCUUCAUGUAGUUAAGAGACAUUGGAUAGGUCAUUGAUUAGUUAAUUUCGUCU